AAAGAAAAACAUUUUGUUGGUUUAUAUUAUUUUAUUUUCAAUGUGAUUCUAUCUAAACUAAACACAAUAUUCAUAGACCGGUAAUAAGUAAAAUAUGAUAGUCUGACGGCGUGACUCUGUACAGUUCAUUUAUUUACUUGUGGCUUAAAUUUUCUGCCUUGACAAAUUUUGCGAUGUUUAACCCCGAUUUUAAUGACUACCAAUUGACUUCGAUAAUCACUGAAAGUUCUGGGGGCGUAGCGGUUGUGUACUCAGCACUUUACAAGCCUAAUAAGCAGCAUGUUUCCGUUAAAAGAUACUUCGUUGAUAAUAGCAAGGAAAAUGCUAACCUGAUUCAGCAAGACAUCUUAACCCGCAAAGAACUGCAGCACCAGAACAUUCUUCCAUACUUGACUUCUUUUGUCCAUGGCCGAGAACUGUAUGUAGUGUCUCCUCUGAUGACGUUAGGGUCCUGCCGAGAUGUCCUGGACCGGUACUUCCAUGAGGGCUUGCCUGAACUGGCCUGUGCUAUAAUACUGAGAGAUGUGCUCCUAGCAUUACAAUACUUGCAUAAACAGUUGUAUAUACAUAGAAGCGUGCGGGCGUCGCACGUGCUAUUGAGCGACAACGGCAGCGUACGUCUGUCGGGGCUGCGCAGUGCAGCGCCACUCGUCCUGCGAGGGCGUCGGCAGCGCCGCCUGCACACCCUACCCCCGCACGACCCCGACAACGCUAACCUCAUGUGGCUCAGCCCGGAGUUGCUGGAGCAGAAUUUAAAAGGAUACGACGAGCGCUCGGACAUUUACUCGCUCGGCGUCCUAUGUUGCGAGCUCGGUAACGGCGCCGUGCCCUUCGCGGAGGUCCCCACCACCCUCAUGUUCACCGAGAAAGUGCGCGGUUCGCGGCCGCAGCUGCUCGACUGCUCCACCUUCCCUCAGCCCGCGGCUCACGAGGUGAAAAAUAUGUACAAUACAGACCCCGGUGUGGGCGACAGCGCGGAGUGCGGCGUGGCGCGGCUGCGCGCGCUGUACUCGGCGCGGAAACUGUCCGACGCCUUCCACCAUCUCAGCGAGCAGGCGCUGCAGAGGGACCCAGAAAAAAGGCCGUCGGCGGCACAGCUCCUUAACCACCAGUUCUUCAGGCAAAUCCGCAAGACUGACUUCCUGCCUAGCCUCAUCGGCCGCGUCAAGCCAAUCAAGCCUGACCAAGAUGACAUGUCCGCUCUGCUUUUACAAGAGAAAAUGUCCGAAAUGGAGAUAGAGAAGACGACGGAAUGGGACUUCUAAACAUACUGCUGACAAUACGGAUAUGGGAACAUAGUGCUGCCCCUUAGGGCCGAGUCGCGUAUAUAUAUAUAUAUAUAUAUAUAUAUAUAUAUAUAUAUAUAUAUAUAUAUAUAUAUAUAUAUAUAUAUAAUAUAGAACACAAAUCAUUUUGUCUGUUUUUCGACGUGAGUAUUGAAAAUAUUUGUAUUGAUUAUUUAUUUACUCGUAUAGUUAGAAGUACCUACCUAAUUUGAUGUGCUCUUUGUGAAGACAUUAUUGCCUGUAUUAUCUAUCAUUCACCUUUCUUUCCGCAUAAGUCCUGAAAAAAACAAUCGGUUUAAUAUCCUAACUUGAAUAUUAUACUAAUUAUGUACUUACAAUAUAAAGUUUUAUCUUACAAUAUUUAUUUAUCUUAUACCUUUAAACGAUCAAUUCUUGUAUUCUUGAUGUAUUAUUUUGGGGAUCUCGGAAACGGCUCUAACGAUUUAAAUGAAACUUGCUAUAUGGGGAUGUUCGGGGGCGAAUGAUAAAUCUACUACUGUAAACUGUACCCCUAGUGUAAAUUUAUUCGAUAGCGUGACGUGACGUACGUGUUUGCGUUAAGUCUCAUUUUGUAUGGGAUUUUGAGUUUCCAAAACGUCCCGCUUAGCGCGCUGUUUCUAAAUCCCAUACAAAAUAAGACUUAACGCAAACGCGUACUUCGCGUCACGCUAUCGAAUAAAUGUACACUCGGGGUUCUGAUAAUUAUUUUAACGUAAAACGCAUAAAUAUGGUAAAAAUAAUGACGUGCCCAUGUACAAUAAGAUAGUUGCCACAUGUUGAAUUUUAUAAUUGACAAUCAUAACAAAGUAAUACUAAAAAUUUAAAACCAGUAAAAAAAAUAUGUCAGUUACCCAUAUAGUUCAAACGCAAUAUUUCACGAACACAACAAUAAUUUCCUAAGUUCCGUACAUUUAGUACCCUCGCUGACGUGUGAUAUGAUGUGACGUAGCAGCUUGCGAUUUUUUUUAGCGUCAGUUUGAGUAUCCUUAAAAUACCUUCAGGUGUGACUUUCAUUGUUUAAUGCUGUUGGUCCAUCUAGACAUUUGUUCCUCACAAAUCAUUGAUGUAGUAUAUUAAUUGGAUUCACAAUCAGCCGAAAACAUGACGAAAUGUUCAGUGAAAAAAUAGCAAAACAACAAGAAAGAAGCAUGGCAUAUAUUUGUUUCAGUGAAUUAUAUUGAUAUUUUAACGGAACGAAUGUAAUUUGUUGUAAUUUAAUAGUUCAUUCUCGCUAUUCAUUUUGAAUGUUUUGAAACGUGCGUUUGCAAAUUUGACACUUAAAUUGUAUCGCAUUAAGUUUACUUUUGUAUGAAAUACUUAUCUUGAAAAGAAAAUAUAACGAAGCGUUAUUAGCAUCUACUAGAACGCAUUUCCUAAUCAAUGUCUGUUUACUUCAUAUAUUUUGAUAUAUUUCUUUGGCAUUGGGCGUCCAGCUAUUUUAAUACGUCAAUAUCGCAAAUAGGCCACCGCGGGCCAGGCGGAAAUCGUCGGUCACCGUAUCUCGGGCGAUAAGUCAUAGGGUAAUUAAAGGGAAGUGAAUUAUGAAGCUUCGUGAAUGUCAGCUGCCACUCCGUCUGUAGGUUGAGGACCGGCAGCUACCCAAACUUUGUCAGAUGAUUGUUUUAUUUAGAUACUAUAUUGUGAAUUUAAAAAACUGUCACUCGGUUGUAUCACGGUGGAAAGACCGUCAGCUGGACACAUGAAAAUGUAUAAAAAAGAUUAGGGAAGAUUUAUAAUGCAGCCCUGAAACGGAGCGGCAGCAGAUGUCCACGAGGGUUCAAUACGAAUCGCCCUUAAAUAAUCACUUUCCGUGUUAUUACCCGGGGUGCUAUUGGUCAAGGAAAUCCGCUCGCGGGAUAUAUAAAAAAGUUCAAUUAAAACACAAGUGUUUUGUUAACGCAAGUGACACCAUUUUAAUUUUCAACCGCGACAUGUGCAUUUGUGAAUUUUAAAUCUUCCUCUAUUUCAUUUAAAUAAGAUUCGAUUUGAAUUUUUAUAAGUACUCAUGUUAAACCACACGGGGUAAAUUAAAGCGUCGGUUUCACCGUCAUUUAAAUACAACUUUCUCUUUAAACUCGUUGCGUGGAAUAGGUAAAAUAAAGGGAAAUAGAAAAUUAGGGGAGUAAGUGUACGGUGUUAUAAUAAUAUUAUUGUUUACUUGUUGUCCUCAUUUGACGUAAGACGAUGUUCGCCAUAGUAUAAAUAUAUACAUAGAACAAUAUUGUAAUUUGAUACCUGUAGUUGUUGCCACUGUGAUUAUUAAACAAAUUUUGUUGGA